GGCAAACUUUGACGCACAGAUUCAGACAUAAUGGCAGAAACAACUGAAUCAGAGCAAGUACAGGUUCGAUUCACUACACAGCAGCAGCAAUAUGCUAUUACGGAAUCAGCUAUCUUUGUUCCAGCAAAUUUCAAACGUUAUGGACUAUCUGGCAUCGUAAAUCACUUGCUCGGCAACGAUAAACCGAUUCCGUUUGAUUUCCUCAUCAAUGGAGAACUCUUGCGUACAAGCUUGUCCCAAUACCUGGUGGCGAAUAAUGUUUCAUCUGAAAACGUAAUCAGUAUUGAGUAUGUCGAGUCUAUGCUGCCGCCAACUCCUGUUUCUGCUUUCCAACAUGACGACUGGAUCAGCUCUGUUAAAGGACAGCAGUCAUCACAAUUGUUUUUGACUGGUUCAUACGAUAGCAUGGUCAGACUGUGGAAUAUGUCUGGAGAAUGUGUAGCUACUUUGGAAGGGCAUGCGGAUGCCGUCAAGAGUGUUGCAUUUGGAGCCGCCACAGACAAUGAGGUUGUGGUAUAUUCCACUUCUUUAGAUCAGACUGUAAUAGCAUGGGAGUACUCUCUUGUAGACUCUUCAUACCGAGUCUUGUAUCAAUGCAAAGGUCACAAGGGCUCAGUAGAGGCAGUUGCAGUAGAUCAAACCAAAAAGAAGUUUGCUACUGCUUCAGCAGACGCUACUGUCAAAGUUUGGGGUGUCAAAGACCCCAGUGAAGAACAGUCUAUUGAAUUCCUCGAUAUAAAGAACAAGAAGAGAAGAAAGACUGACAGCACAGAGAGUCACAAAGUCAAGUCUUUCUGUCAAACUUUGAAUGGACACGUUGGUCCUGUUACCAGCGUUAUUUUCGAUAACAAAGAUUCCAACAUUGUGUAUACAGGAGGAUGGGAUCAUUCUAUAAGAUCCUGGGAUGUUGAACAGCAAGUCAAUGUGACAACUAAGAACUGUGAAAAAGUUGUAUUGGAUGUUGCUCAAUCUAACCAGUCUAAAAUGGUUGCAACUGGCCAUGGAGACAAAAUAAUCAGAAUUUGGGAUCCACGAGCUGAUGAUGCUAUUGCCGUUAGUAUGUCGUUGACAGGUCACACCAACUGGGUAUCUUCAGUGUCUUGGUCUCCCAAUUCGGAAUACACUCUAUGCUCAGGUUCUUACGACUCAACAGUCCGAGUGUGGGAUAUUCGCAGCAAAGGAUCACUUUUCACAAUCCAGGAAGAGGACAAGAAGGACAAGAUCUACAGUGUCCACUGGGAUGGAGAUAAAAUCUUAAGCGGAGGAGAGGACAAAAAGCUUAACAUUCAUCAAGCAAAAAUAUGAUACAAGUGUUGAUUUUUUAGAGAUCAAUUACAUGAAAGAAUAUCCAAGUGUAUAGAAUUAAACGAAAA